AUGACGUCUACGUUACCGCCCACAAAAACAAGUUUAGAUAAAUCUCCUGCAGAAAUUGCGCAAAAGCUAUUUUUUGAAGAAACAGGAAUCCAUAAGGAUGAUGUUCUGUUAUGGGUGAAAAAAGGGUUGUCUCAUGCGGAUGAUGGGGAGCUUUUUGCAGAAUAUACGAUUAGUGAAUCCCUUUCCCUUGUUGAUGGUGUAAUUCGGAACUCAAGCUUUGAUACAGGACAAGGUUUUGGAUUGCGUUCUGUAUUGGGAGAGCAGGUCAAUUAUGCUCAUACGAGCUCUUUAACAGCAGGUGCGUUAAAGGGCUUGUCGAAUACGAUUUUCUCUGCAAAUAAGGGUCAUCAAGGGGCUUUAUCCUUGUUUUCUUCAUCGCCUCAAAAGGUCUUAUAUACAGCAAACAACCCUUUGGGAGGAACAACUUUUGAUCAAAGGGUUUCUUUGUUGAAACAAAUUGAUGCUUACACACGUGAUUUAGAACCAAGAGUGUCCCAAGUGAUGGUAAGAUUAGGAGCUUCUUGGAAAGUUGUCAUGAUUGUGCGUCCUGAAGGCCAUAUUUUCUAUGAUGUACGCCCCAUGUCACGUCUGAAUGCUAGCGUUGUGGUUUCUGAGAAUGGGCGUCAAGAAUCAGGCUACUAUGGUGGCGGAGGGCGCAAAGAUCUCUGUUUUGCCUGCGAUCCGUCCCAUUGGAGAGCUGUGUGUGAUGAAGCGGUGCGUCAAGCAAUUGUUAAUCUGGGCUCUAUCCCUGUUGUGAUGUCAAAUGGUUGGGGAGGUGUUUUACUUCAUGAAGCCAUUGGUCAUGGGCUGGAAGGGGAUGCAAUCCGAAAGAAAACUUCUGUUUAUACAGAUAAAUUAGAGCAACGCAUUACGAUGCCUGGAGUGACUGUUGUUGAUGAUGGUACAAUUCCUGAGCGUCGUGGGUCUCUUACAAUAGAUGAUGAAGGGACAACAACACAGCGUAAUAUCCUGAUCGAAGAUGGAUACUUGAAAAAGUUUAUGCAAGAUCGCUUAAAUGGUCGUUUGGCGGGUGUGGGUUCUUCUGGAAAUGGGCGGCGUGAAAGCUAUACCCAUAUUCCGAUUCCCCGUAUGACCAAUACGAUGAUGUUGAGCGGACACCAUACAGAAGAAAAUAUCCUUUCUUCUGUAGAUCGGGGUUUUUAUGCGGCACAUCUUGGAGGUGGCCAGGUUGAUAUUUCUUCUGGAAAAUUCGUUUUUGAAGUAUCAGAAGGGUACCUCAUUGAAAAAGGAAAAAUAGGUGCUCCUGUAAAAGGGGCAACGCUCAUUGGUGAUGGUCUUCAAGUUUUGCAAAAACUGACGAUGAUUGGAAAUGAUGCAGAAUUAGACCCAGGCAUUGGAACAUGCGGAAAAGCAGGGCAAGGUGUUCCUGUUUGUGUCGGGCAGCCAACAGUACUCGUUUCUUCUAUAACAGUUGGAGGUACAGAUCGUGCGUAA